AUGUUAUCGAAUAUAGUUGAAGAUGGUGAUAAAAUCGUUCAAUGUUUAAAUAGUAAUGAAAAGCUUCAAUUGAUUCCUUAUUUCGAUCUUGGUAUGGAAGAAGGUAUAUGGGUACCACGAGUAUCAAAAUCUUUUGUUAGGCCGCAUCAUACAUGUCGUUCAUACGACUUUCCUAAACAUAUAAUUGAACAACAACAAAAACCAAUAACACAACUAUUACAACAUACAACGAAUGAAUUACAUUGGUAUCCAACAAAUUUAGAACAAAAUGCACAACAAAGGCAACCAUUUGUUGAUCCACCUUUUUAUAUCUGGCGCUAUUAA